CCGCAUUUAAUGAAGAACUUUAUUUCAAUAAUAAUAUUUCAAUAAAUAUACCAUAUGACACGGACCUCUAUAAGGAAUGUUAAAGAAAAGUUCAGAAGACGGAUAAAAGGACGUUCCUGACAUUUACAUUUCUCGAAUAAUGAUAUAUAGGAUAAUUCGCAUUUAAUGAACAAAGAUAAAUUUGUAAUACGAGCGUGUCAUCAUCGUAUAAUGUUUAUGGAGUAACCUGAAAACUAUUAAUAAACGUUAACGUAAAGUUAGCGUGUGUCAAGCGUUUCAAGUGAUCGGCACGUGGUUGUAAUCAAUCGUAAAUCCGGUGGAAAAUCAAUAUGUCACGACUGUGUAUCUUAAAAUUAUGCUCCGUGAUAAGAAACGCCAAAACGGCGGAGAUAUUUUUAAAUCGAAUAUGCUUUAAAAGUUACGAUUUUAACGUUGCUGCGUGCCGAGGCUGUCAGAGAGGUUAUGCUCAAUAUUCCUUGCAAUUAUCACCUCGGAUUUUUUCAUUGUACAAAUUAUUGAAUAAAAAGUUGCCCGAUUUUUCUGCAACGCUCUCAAUACCUGCGAAAGAAAAAUUCGAGAAAUAUGACAACAAAUAUGGCAAAAGACACUACAAACGUCUUGGAGUACUCUUGAGCAGUCUUGGACUCAUAGUAGCUUUUUGUGACUCCUCAUAUUAUAAAGAAAAAAGAUUUUUUCGUGCUGUCCAGCAUGGAAAUGUUUCAGAACUAAAAAAAAUAAUAAUAGAAGGCAUUGAUAUAAAUAUCAGACAUCAACUAGGUUGGACAGCAUUGCAAACUGCUGCCAUAAAUCAAAGAGAAGAAAUUAUGAAAAUUCUGUUAGACAAUGGUGCUGAUGUUAAUGCGGGAGAUAACUUUGUUAAUGUUUAUAGGACUGCCAUGGAAAAAGGCUUACAUUCUUUAGAUGUGCUCACAAAAAGAGAAGAAGAAUUUUCUGAUCAAUUAAAUAAUCGAGCUACUUUCCAAGGUUUUACAGCGUUACAUUAUGCUGUAUUAGCUAAUUCAAAGACAUGUAUAAAAUUAUUAUUGGAUAAAGGAGCAAAUCCAACUAUAGAAAAUGAAGCAGGAUAUCGAGCGGUUGAAUAUGCUAAAGAAGGAGAAAUCAAGGAAAUGCUUAUCAAAUAUGCCAUUAAAUAUGAUGAAAUAAUAAAAGAAAAAGAAGCUGAAGAACGUCGCAGAUUUCCAUUAGAACAGCGUUUGAAACAGUAUAUUGUAGGACAGGAAGGACCAAUUUCCAUCGUUGCUUCCACUAUUAGAAGAAAAGAAAAUGGUUGGAUAGAUGAGGAACAUCCACUAGUAUUUCUUUUCUUGGGUUCGUCAGGUAUUGGCAAAACAGAAUUAGCCAAGCAAUUAGCUGCUUAUAUUCACAAAAAUAAACCAGAUAGUUUUAUUCGUUUGGAUAUGUCUGAAUAUCAAGGAAAACAUGAAGUUGCAAAAUUAAUUGGAGCACCACCAGGAUACGUGGGACAUGAUGAUGGUGGACAGUUAACAAAGCUUUUAAAAAAACAUCCUUCCGCUGUUGUAUUAUUUGAUGAGGUUGACAAAGCUCAUCCUGAUGUUUUAACUGUUUUACUACAGCUUUUUGAUGAGGGAAGACUAACCGAUGGUAAAGGAAAAACAAUCGAAUGUAAAAAUGCUAUUUUUAUAAUGACAUCAAACUUAGGAAGCGAGGAAAUCGCGGAACAUGCGAUACAACUCAGAAUAGAAGCUGAAAAAGUAUUAAAUCAUAGAUUAAUCAAUACUAAUGAAGAUCAAGAACCAGAACAUAUUGAGAUAUCUCGUAAUUUUAAGGAUCAAGUGGUGCGUCCAAUAUUGAAGUCUCAUUUUCGGAGAGAUGAAUUUCUAGGAAGAAUAAAUGAAAUUGUAUAUUUUUUACCAUUUUCUCGGACAGAAUUAAUAGAAUUAGUCGCCAGAGAAUUAAAAAUAUGGGCUACUCGAGCAAAAGAAAGACAUAUGAUCGAAUUGAAAUGGGAUAGAGAGGUCCUAUCAGUAUUAGCAGAUGGGUAUGAUGUUCAUUAUGGAGCUCGUUCUAUCAAAUAUGAAGUGGAAAGACGCGUUGUCAAUCAAUUAGCAGCAGCUCAUGAACGAGGAGAACUCGGUAAAGGAUGCUGUGUAUUAUUAAAAGCAAAAUGGCAUGAAAGUGGAGCAAGCAUAACUCUCUCUGUUCAACAAAAGGACUCGAAAAAGUUUGUUGAUAUCAGAAGCAUACAAGUUAACGAGAAAUGUUAAUUCUAAAUUCUUAUAAAUAUAGGAUAGUUUUUUUAAUAACUUAUAUAUUGCUAUCAUUUAAAAAGGAAGGCUGUAAAA